AUGGCUACGGCAGCUGUCGUGGGUGUUACCACCGGGGUGAUGAAGCCCCUCCUGUCCAAGCUCACCAAGCUGCUGGAAGAAGAGUACGUCAAGCUCAAAGGUGUCCGCAAGCAGAUCAAGUUUUUGAGAGACGAGUUGAGAGCCAUGAGUCCCACGCUUGAGAUGCUUGCGGAUGCAGAGGAGCUCAACCCUCAGAUGACGGCAUGGAGGGACAAGUUACGUGAGCUGGCAUAUGACUUGGAAGAUUGCAUUGAUGCCUUCAUAUCUCGUGUUGACCACGAGCGUGAUGGACAUUCGGGAUUAAUCAAGGGAUUCUUCCGCAAGCUGAAGAAACUGAAGCAACGCCAUGAUAUUGCCAAUCAGAUCCAAGAACUCAAGGCAUCUGUUCUAGAGGCAAGCGAGAGGCACAAGAGGUAUGAUUUGGCCCAACUGAAAAACAAAUCUAGCAGUUCUUCUGUUGAUCCUAGGCUGCAGGCUCUCUACGUGGAUAUUGAUAAACUUGUGGGCAUCGAUGCCCCUAAGAAGCAAAUCAUUGAGUUGUUAAGCAUGGAGAUGAAUGGGUCAUCUGCAAAACUUAAAGUUUUCUCAAUUGCUGGUUGUGGAGGUCUUGGUAAGACUACUCUUGCAAAGCUAGUCUAUGAGGACAUUAAAAACCAGUUCAAAUGUGCAGCAUUUGUGUCGGUUUCUCGAACUCCUGAUGUCAGAAAAGUAUUAAGAGGCAUUGCAAAAGGAGUUGGUAUUACCAGUAAUAUGUUGGAUGAUGAUGAGAAGGAACUCAUUGAUAAACUCAGGGAACACCUUCAGGAUAAAAGGUACCUCAUUGUAAUUGAUGAUGUAUGGGAUGCAAAACCAUGGGAGACCAUCAAGCUUGCAUUAAUGAAUAACAAUUGUGGUAGCAGAGUAAUCACUACAACACGUAGCAAUGACGUUGCAUCAUACUUGUCUUCCCAAGGCGGUAAUGUUUACCAAAUGAAAUCUCUCAGUUUUGAGGACUCCAAGAGGUUGCUUUUUAAAAGAGCAUUUGGUUCUGAAAACUUAUGCUAUACUCAUUUGGGUAGUGCUCCGGAUGAGAUAUUAAGAAAAUGUGAUGGUUUACCAUUAGCAAUCAUCACUAUAUCUAGCAUGUUAGCUGAUCAGCACGCAAAGUGUGUUUCAGAAGAUCACAAGAUUGAGAAACAAUGUUUGAUCAAUAGGUGGAUUGCAGAAGGGUUCAUUCAUAAGGAAAAUGGUCAAAAUGAAUAUGAAAUUGGUGAGCGUUACUUCAAUGAUCUGAUCAACAGAAGCAUGAUCCAACCAGUUAGAGUAAAGUAUGGUCAGGUGAAGGCAUGUCAAGUGCAUGACAUCAUCCUUGACUACAUCAAAUGCAAGGCCGCUGAAGAGAAUUUUGUAACUUCAUUAGAUGCUGCGGAGCCUGUAUAUACAUCAGAAUACAAGGUUCGUAGGCUUUGUGUCAUCAACCACAAUGAAGAAAAUGUUACUUUAUGGGCAGACGAGAUCUUGUCUCAUGUUCGGUCAGUUACUAUAUUUGGAGAGCCUGUGAAAAUCUCUUUGUUGCCUUCGACUCCUCUUCGUGUGUUGGACCUAAGAGAACACUAUGGCAUGGAAAAAUAUCAUCUUGCAAGUAUUGGGAAGUUGUUUAAUCUUAAGUACUUGCGUCUCUGCUCAUGGUCCAUAAGUGGGCUCCCAGAGACUGUUGGUGAACUACAUCAUCUACAGACGUUGGAUGUGCGAGGCACUCAUAUCAGAGAACUACCACGAACUAUCACGGAACUUCAACAACUGACUCGUUUAUAUGUUGAUUGGGAUACUAGAUUUCCAGAAGGAACAAUAGGAAAGAUGCACAGCUUGGAAGAGCUGAGGAGGGUGCCAAAUUGGAUGGGCUCACUUGUAAACCUCAGUGUGCUAAAACUGUUCAUCAUCUGUGUGAGACCAGAAGAUGUUGAGAUCCUUGGAGAAAUACCCAGUUUGCUUUUUCUCAGCCUAGACACUUGGGGGGGCACUAGCGGAAGGAUCGUCUUCCCUGGCAACAACGGAUUCAGAAGUCUGAAACAAUUCUCCCUGUGUAUCAACUUUUGUGGGACCUCGCUGGAGUUUGAAGCGGGAUCAAUGUCAAGGCUUGAGCACGUGAAGCUUCAGUUCAGUGCGCAUGAGAUGGAGUGCUUGAAUGGUGCUUCUAGUUUGGGCAUCCAGCACCUCUCGUCUCUCAACAAGGUUGAGAUCAAAAUUGGUAGCGACCGGCAUGAGUAUGACGUGGACUACAACCCAGUGGAAGAUGAUCAUGAUGACACUGCCCGAUGUAUUUCAAGAGCCAUUAAUGCUGCCAUCGAGACACUUCCCAAGCGUCCCACUGCCAGCUUCAGAAGAGUACAUCAUAGCUAUAGCUACUGUGAAGAUUUCGAAUCCUUUUUGAGGGAGUGGAAUCAAUAUCACGAUGGGUUAUUGAAUGAGUGGCUCAAACUUUGGCAAAUUACAGAGGAGCAGGCGAACCAAACUACUGAUGGAGAGACUGAACUAGAGGAUGAGACACAUGAAAAGGAAGAAGAGGAGCAGACUGGUGAAAAGAAGUGGCACACCAAGAGGACAGUGGUAGCAGCAAUUAGAAUGUGA